AUUAGAUGCUUGAUCUGAUCUUUUAUUUUAGACCUCUGUAGAUGAAGUCAUCAAAAACGCGUACAACUGGAAGAAAACGAUCUGGAGCGCGGAAUGUAAGCAUAUAAUGUAUAGCAAAGUGAAUUGUUCUGACUAGUUAAUUUAGAUGCAAAGGAACUUUUUAUGCAUCUCAUUGAAUAUAGUCCUCCAAAGACACGUGAAGCACAGACAUAUAAGCGAUCACGUCCUGCUUAUUACGAGUUUCCCGGUUACUUUCUUAUGAUUGAAGAUGCUACAAGUACUCACUCUCCAAUUGAUGUAAAGGAAUACUCUGAUGAUUGCUUCUGCCCAGAUGAAAGAACAGAUCUUCCGUGGCCAACUUUGGAACCAAAGGCAGGAGAACGAAAAAAACGCCUAUUGCCCAGCGAGAUUUUAAAAGAGAUCGAAAAUAUAGACGCAGAUCAACUACUUGCAAAAAAAUCAGUUAAUGACGAACAGAAGGAGAGGAGUUCACAAAAAGAGGAUAAUACGGAUACUAUGCUGGAAGAGGACACAUGUAGAAAGACAAAGAAAAGAAAAGAAGGGUGCGAUAAAGAGACAGUAAAAGAAGGAAAGCAGAAAGAACAAAAGGGACGAAACAAAUAUUGCGAAACAUGCGGAAAGCAUUACACAGACUUACAAACUCAUAUCAAGUUACCUGAACAUAUCGAUGCUCAUAAGAACAGUGAUUUUUCAGGGCUGGACUCUUGCUUAUCCUCUUUAAAAAGAAAAUACGCCUAUCCUUUACCAAGCUAUAUGAAAACAAGCGUGAACCCUAUUGUUGACGGUUCUGACGUGCUGUUUGACAUUUAGCCUUGAUGUACAUAAACCAUUGUAUUAGCAUUGUAAAAUAAAACCGAC